CUCGUUUUCCUCGUUUGCUUUACUUGCUGCAAGUCCCUCCCUUUGUAACAGAACACUAAAUUCAUCAGGAACCUUAUACACGUUGAUCUUUUUUUUUCUUCUUUUUCCUUCUUCUUCUCAAAAAGCCACGAUGUUCGCCAAGUCUAUCGCCUCCCUCCUUGCCGUCGCCGGUCUCGCCUCGGCCGCCCGUCCCCUCAUGGCUCGCGUCCCGGGCAACGGCACUAUUAUCACGACUACCAAGGUCGUCACCGCUUUGCCGACCUGGUGCCCCGACCCCUGGAACACCAUCACCUGGAAGGACAAGACCUACACCGUCGAGGGCCCGACUUGGUUCACCAUCACCGACUGCCCCUGCACCACGUCCUACGUUCGUCAUCCCCUUUCCGUUGCCCCCCCUCCCACUGCCUGCUCCUUGACGCUACUACGGCGGAAGUAGUCUGAAGAAAAAGUGCGAGGCAAAACUAACCACCAAGACAAACACAGACUACCAUCCGCCCUACCGCCGCUACCCCUGAGCCUCCCAGGCCCACGCACCACACGGAGCGCCCUCAUCCCGAGCCUCAUCCCGAGCGCCCUCAUCCCG